AUAUAACAAAAAAUGUUGAUUUUGAAGAACUGAAAGCUUGGGAAAAAAGGCAGCUCCCGUCAAAAUAUAUAGUUCUGCUGCUCUGGUGAAGCCUCUGAUUCCGAUUAUAAUCCACAUUUUAUCGCGGCCAGAUUCCAGAUCUUCAUAUCAGAUUGAAACAUGUCUCGGAGGUAUGACAGCCGUACAACAAUCUUCUCGCCAGAAGGCCGUCUUUACCAGGUCGAGUAUGCAAUGGAGGCGAUUGGCAAUGCAGGGAGCGCCAUCGGCAUACUGUCUAAAGAUGGGGUUAUAUUGGUCGGUGAAAAGAAGGUGACUUCCAAGCUUCUGCAGACCUCUGCAUCCACUGAGAAAAUGUACAAGAUUGACGAUCAUGUUGCUUGUGCCGUUGCUGGGAUCAUGUCCGACGCCAACAUCCUCAUCAACACAGCCAGAGUCCAAGCUCAGCGAUACACUUUCGCCUACCAAGAGCCAAUGCCAGUCGAACAGCUGGUCCAGUCCCUGUGCGACACCAAGCAAGGCUACACUCAAUUUGGUGGGCUCCGCCCGUUUGGGGUUUCCUUCCUCUUCGCAGGCUGGGACAAGAACUACGGUUUCCAGCUCUACAUGAGUGAUCCGAGUGGAAAUUACAGCGGAUGGAAGGCUGCAGCUAUCGGGGCAAACAACCAGGCUGCUCAGUCGAUGCUCAAGCAAGACUACAAGGAUGAAAUCACGAGGGAGGAGGCGAUUCAGCUUGCUAUCAAGGUGCUUAGUAAGACAAUGGACAGCACAAGUCUCACUUCAGAGAAGCUUGAAUUGGCUGAGGUCUUCCUCUCUAAUGGAAACGUCAAGUACCAGGUUUGCUCACCCGAGGCCCUAAAUCAGCUGUUGAUCAAGUCCGGAGUUACUCAACCUGCCGCAGACGCUUCUUAAGCUUGUAUUUUGUUUGAACCGUAGUGUUUGAACCUGUUUUUCUACUUGUUUAAGAAUCUGCCAUUGAUGAAUGUCCUAUGUCGAAUUCUAUUUAAGAUGCAGUUUAUUUGAACUACUUUUUCUGGUUACUA